AUGGUUUUUGAACGGAAUUUGACCGAUUUAGUCCGUGGACUUAGAAAUCAUAAAGAGAACGAGGCCAAGUUUAUUACAUCUUGUCUGGAUGAAAUAAAACAGGAGCUCAAACAAGAGAAUGCAAAUGUCAAGGCUAAUGCUGUCACUAAGCUCAUUUAUAUUCAAAUGUUGGGUUAUGACAUCAGUUGGGCAGCUUUCAAUAUUAUUGAAGUCAUGAGUUCAUCAAAAUUCACCUUCAAGCGUAUUGGAUAUCUCUCUGCAUCGCAAUGUUUCCAUGAAGAUCUCGAUAUUCUAAUGCUAACAACAAACAUGGUUAGAAAGGAUCUUGCAAGUACCAAUAUGUACGAUGCUGGGGUUACUCUGAAUGGUUUAUCCUGUUUUCUCACACCAGACUUGGCUAGAGAUCUGGCAAAUGAUGUUACCAAUUUGCUUGUGGCCACUCGUCCGUACAUAAGAAAACGAGGAAUCUUGUUGCUGUUUAAAAUUUUCCUGAAGUUUCCUGAGGCAUUGCGUCCUGCAUUUCCCCGAUUGAAAGACAAGUUGGAAGACAGUGAACCAGGUGUUCAAUCUGCGGCAGUAAAUGUAAUAUGUGAACUUGCUCGGAAAAACCCUAAGAACUAUCUCUCACUCGCACCCGUCUUCUUCAAACUGAUGAACAGCUCGACAAAUAACUGGACGUUGAUCAAGAUCAUUAAGCUGUUUGGUGCUUUAUGUCCAUUGGAACCACGUUUGGGAAAGAAAAUGAUCGAACCUCUGACCAAUCUGAUACACACAACUUCAGCAAUGUCCUUACUCUACGAGUGCGUGAACACGAUGAUAUCAGGACUUCCCAACCACACACCAUCAAUGCAGUUAUGUGUUCAGAAGUUAAGAAUCUUCAUUGAAGACUGUGAUCAAAACUUAAAAUACCUUGGACUGUUAGCAAUGUCAAAGAUUUUAAAAGUUCACCCAAAAGCGGUUAUGCCACUGAAAGAUAUCAUUUUGCAUUGUCUCGAUGAUAAGGACGAGUUCAUCCGUAGAAGGGCACUUGAUCUCAUCGUGGGAAUGGUUACGAAAAAGAAUUUAAUGGAUAUUGUCAAAAAAUUGAUUCAUCAAACGGAGAAAUGUGACAGUUCUGGAUAUCGUGAUGAACUUAUAUCAAAGAUAAUUAUGAUUUGCAGUCAGUCUGACUAUCAGCAUAUCACAAACUUCGAAUGGUACAUAGACGUUUUAAUUCAGCUGACAAAGGUUGAAGGGACAAGGCAUGGUAAACUCAUUGCUGCCCAAAUGUUGGACGUUCCUAUUCGUGUAAAGGCUGUGAGGUCAUACGCCGUACAAUGUCUUUCGUUCCUGCUGGACAGUUCAGACUUGUUAAGUGGUUCGAUACAGAAGCAUGGCAUGUGUGAAGUUCUGUUUGCUGCAGCGUGGAUUUGUGGAGAGUUUGCUAAUUUUCUUCCGGACCAGAAAACUGUGUUAAUGUUUAUGUUGAAGUCUAGAGUUGCUUCUCUUCCUGGGCAUAUUCAGAGUGUCUAUGUCCAAAACAUUCUCAAACUCUAUUCCUACAUAAUGGCGAAAGCAGAAGAUGAGGGAGACAUGGCAAGAGCUCAGGAACUUGGACAAAUGGUGGUGGAUAGGUUACCGAUGUUUACGCAAAGUAGUGAUUUAGAAGUCCAGGAAAGGGCUUGUGUUGGUCUUCAACUGAUUAAGUACGUUUUGAAACUCCAAGCAAAAGGUGUUCAGUGUUCUGCGGAAGUGUCUUUAUUAUUUACUGGCGAACUUAAUCCAGUUGCAACUAAAGCUCAAAAGAAAGUGCCAGUUCCUGAGGGGCUUGAUCUUGACAAGUGGAUAAAUGAUCCACCUGAAAGUUCAGAAGAGGAAGUUGAAGAUGAAGAUAUUGACAGCAUGUUCUUCGAAGUGGAUAAGUCAGAGAAAUCGUAUAAGAAACCGGAGCCUAAAGUGGACGAAAAAGAAUUAGAAAAGUUAAGGGAGAAGAGACGCGAGGAGCAAAUGCUUAAUCCACAUUACUUGAAAGGAAGCACGUCCAACAGAAAGAAGAAUUCUCAGCAAAUGAAAAUUGAAGACAUACCUGUGGCGUCAUUAGAAAUACCUGUUUCCCUUCACAUUGAAGGCUCCAGUGCUUCAAAAUCUUCACGAAAAUCAAAGAGCAAGAAGAAAAGAGGAAGGAAAGGGCGAAAAGGAGAUUCUGAUUCUGAUGAGCCUCGUCCUGUUUAUCAAGUAUUGAAAACUGUUGAAGGGGAAAUGCCUGACAAUGCUCGUGUCUCUGAUGAAGAAGAUGAAGAUGACAACAAAGUUAAUGUCAAUGAUCCCCACAGUCUACUGAACGUUGAUCUUGAGAAACCUCUCGAGGACAGUGAAAGGCUACCUGUCCGCACUCAUCGUGUCACUUCACCUCAGACGGAGAAGAAUGAAACUGAAGAGACUGAAGUUAAAGAAAAGAAGAAGAAAGACAAACAUAGAAAGAAAUCGCAUGGUGAUGACAAAAAGCACCGACAUGGCAAGCAUAAGCAUGGGAAAAAGAAAAAACACCACACGUCAGAACAAAAAACGGAAACUCCAGAAGCAACAGAGGAUGUACAACCUGUAGUUCCUGAAGUCCAAGCUGUGGUAGAUGAACCGGAAGACGAUGUACCGCAGAAAUCGCCUGAUAUAAACGAUGUCGACUAUUGGCUAUCUACUCCCGAACCGAAGCCAGUAGUAACACAGACUCCCGCAUCAACUGAUAAAGAUGAGGUGAAAGUUGAGUCGCCUGUGAAACCGGCAUCAGAAACUGUCGAAACUCCAAAAUCAUCUAAAUCUAAAAAAAGUAAAUCGGAGAAAAAAUCAAAAGAAAAGAAACAUAAACGAGAUAAAAAGAAACCACGAGACGAACCUGAUGAACAAAAUAUACAGCCUGAUGUUCCAGCUGAGGAACCUUCGAUGAUUAAUUUAGGUGAUUUGGAACAAGAACCAGAGGAAACAACAAAGUAUAAGUUACUCGCGGAGGAUAAAAAUAUUAGACUAACGUAUGAUAUGAAACCAAAUCCACAAGUAACUGGGCAAAUUGUAGCUUUAGUUGUUUUCAAUAACUUGACUGAAUUGCACAUGAAAAAUUUGGAGAUGAAUAUUAUGGACACCUUAAACACCAAAAUGGUUAGACCACUGGAUAAUUCAUCACAUGAUUCUGUCAAAGUUCCGUUUCAACUACCUGCAGGGGCUGCGAACGAAGGUCAGUUCGCGUUCAAGUCGGAGAAAGUUGGAGUUCCUCAAAAACUAAGAGCAACUCUUACCUACAUGAUACAGAAUGAAAACGGAGCGACAAGCGAAAAAUUAGACUUUAAACUUGCUGUUCCUUGUUCUUCGUAUAUAAUACCUACGGCCUGCUCAAGUGAUAACUUUGCAGCAUUACUGAGCAGUGGUGAACUGACCGGAAAAGCAUCGACCGAGGUCUCUGUAGCUGCGGAGGUCGAUUUCGGUUUUAUAAUAUCGAAAAUUUGCCACAACCUUCAUUUAUCAGUUGUUGAGCGUGUUGAUAACAGUGCGUCGUUAUUUGGGCGUUCAAUUUUGCAAGAUAACUUGUGUUUCCUUAUUAAAAAGAAUGAGACGAACGUCACAGUUGAUGCAAAAUCGAGUGACCACGCCUUGGUAUCGAAUAUCUUUGAAGAAAUGAAAACCUUACUAAAAGAAUUGCAAUGAUGAAUUGCAUUUGAAAAUGACAUUAAUAUUUAUACCUGCUAAGUCCUGCUUAAUGAAAUGACCAAUGGUUAAAUUAUGGUAAAUGAUAAUAGAUUUCAAACAGUAUUUCGAAAUGUUCCUCCUCGAUGCAAAUUUUUUUUAGUUUAAAUUUUAGGUGUUUAAAAGAUUUUCGUACAAAAUUGAUACCAAUGAUGUAUUCAAGAACUAUAUUUAGGAUGAAUAAAUAUGGGGGGAAUCGUAUAAAUCCAGAUGGUUAAUUCAAUCAUUCAAUUCCUUUGCUUGUCUAUGUUUCAAUUCAAUGCUGAUCAUUAUAGGAAUAUUGUCAAACGGAAAUAACACUAAAAAAGCCAGGGCUGGAGGUUAUUCUGGAAUCCGUCCACUCAAGAAAACGCU